GAAGAAACGGCCAGGCUUUUGGAGUAAAUGAAGAUGAAGAAAGUGCUUCCCUUUGAAGGAACAACAACAACACAUCUCAAUCUCAUUUCAUUUCUCUUCUUCUUCUUCAUUAGUUGUUCAGUGUUGAAAAUCGGGUUUAGUUUGUGAUGAUAGUAGAGCUUGAAAGUUUGAGAGUGAGAGAGAGGCAGAGGGGUUUGUGGGGAUUGUGAUGUAUUGUGGCGGAGGGAGAGAGGGCGAGCUAUGGGAUUGUGGAAAAGUGCGGGCAAUGAAUUUGCAAAGAAUGGGUUCAAUUGUACGCGAUAUUGGAGAUCCUUGCCUUUCACAAUCGCCUAUAAAGAUAUCUAGAAUGCUGAAGCCGGAAAAGUGGCAGGCAACUUUUGAUAGUGAUGGCAAGGUUUCAGGUUUUCAGAAAGCACUCAAGUUGAUUGUUUUGGGGGGUGUGGAUCCAUCUAUACGGCCAGAAGUUUGGGAAUUUUUACUUGGUUGCUAUGCACUGGGGACUACUGCUGAGUACCGAAGGCAACUAAGAAGAGCCAGGAGGGAACGUUACAAGGAGUUGAUUAAGCAAUGUCAAAUAAUGCAUUCAAGCAUUGGAACUGGAUCACUUGCCUAUGUUGUGGGGUCCAAGGUUAUGGACAUGAGAACAUCAUCCAAAGAUGACGGGAGAAAAGAAGAUAAAGUUGAAAGUAGACAAGCUUCUAUUGAUAAUACUAACCAAUUGGAGAAUUUUUGUGAUUUGAGUAAUAAUUGUACAGAUACAUCAUAUGCAUGCAAAAGGGAAAGUUCUACUGAUUCGGCAGAGCUUGUCAGUGUUUGGGAAAGCUUGGAUAGUGCAGCAUAUGACUCUUCUUGUUUUGUACCUACAUCUGAUCCAAACAAUUGCAACACCCCUAAUCCGGGAAGAGAAAGUAAUGGAUCACAAGUUGUAACUGAAAGUUAUUUUGAUUUUCCUCAUUUACCAGUCACAAAUUUGUUUGAGACGAGUGGAAACAAUGAUGAAGAAUAUGGUGUGUGUGAAGAUGAACCAUCUACGCAACAAUUGAGAUUUGAGGAUGACAGAAUGCACAGUUUUCAAAUUAGUAAUAAUGCAGAAUUAAUCAUGGAAUCAAAUGGUUCACCAUCUAACAACAUUUCACACCCCAUGAAUUCAGAAAUUGAAAUGGCUUGUUCUGGUUCCCAUAAACCAGAAUUGUGGUCCAAAAAUCUGGAUUUUGAAACAGAAAUAGUUAACAAGUUGAGAAUAUCAGAUGUUCCAGACACGCCAUUGAUGAAUGCAACCACAUUACAAGGAGCGGCUGUCAGUGGAGACAGGGUUUCUGAAUGGCUUUGGACUUUGCAUAGGAUAGUCGUUGAUGUGGUAAGAACAGAUAGUCAUCUUGAAUUCUAUGAGGAUACAAGAAAUUUAGCUAGGAUGUCUGACAUCCUUGCUGUUUAUGCUUGGGUUGAUCCUGCCACUGGUUAUUGUCAAGGUAUGAGUGACUUGCUAUCUCCUUUUGUUGUUCUCUUUGAGGACAAUGCUGAUGCAUUUUGGUGCUUUGAGAUGCUUCUUAGGAGAACGCGUGAAAAUUUUCAAAUGGAAGGUCCAACUGGAGUUAUGAAGCAGUUGCAAGCAUUGUGGCAUAUUCUGGAACUCACAGACAGGGAAAUGUUUUCACAUCUGUCAAAUAUAGGUGCUGAAAGCCUUCAUUUUGCAUUUCGAAUGUUACUGGUACUCUUCCGUCGGGAGUUAUCUUUUAAUGAUGCUCUUCGUAUGUGGGAGAUGAUGUGGGCUGCUGAUUUUGACAUGUCUUUGAUCAAUAAUUUGGAGGAGAACUGUCUGGAAGCCUUGAUUAUACGGUUACCAAGGGAGUCUGAUGCAGAAAUUAGAGAAGAAAGCACAGAAAAUGGUGGCGGUACUGAUUUAAAGGGUGGCUUAGAACAAAAAAAUGGAAAUGUGGAGGGUUCCAUGCCUGACAAUGUUGGAGUGAAAUCAGCAUCAGGUCAUCCAUUUUGUGGCUUGACAAGGAAUCUCUGGUCAAGAAAUCAUCACUUGCAGAACUGCACUGUAGUCUCAUCAACUGGAAGUGGAGAUGACGAAUUGCCUGUGUUUUGUGUGGCAGCAAUUCUUAUAUUGAACCGUAACAAAAUUGUGAAAGAAACACGUUCAAUUGAUGACAUGAUAAAGAUUUUCAAUGAUAAGCUGCUUGAGAUACAUAUAAAAAGAUGUAUACGCACAGCAAUCAAAAUUCGGAAAAAAUACUUUUACAAGUUGAUAAAGAUCAAGAGUCAUGCAGUGCGGAAUGGUGAAUAGGCUAUGCUGUUUCCUGCUUUCUAUGGGACAAAGUCAUGGUAAUGGAACUCGAAGUUCGUGGUCUGACACUUGGAUUCCAAGAUUAAGUGUGGCAUGAUGGAAUUUAUUAUUUAAAUCUUUCACAAUGGAGGAGUUCAGAGAAGUGCUUUGCAGGAUGAAGGUCAUGCCAGUUGUUUGUACAUCAGUAUCUCAUCUCACAUCUUCAACAAGGUAGUUACUGUCUCACUCUGCCUCCAUUCCUCUAUGCAAUGACAAUGUUUAUUGUAAAUGAAUUGUAUAAAAUUCACAAUUUUGGUAGCUGUUUUUGCUGAGCUAAUCUGGAAUUUCUGACAGGCUGAACUUUUAUGUAUUAGUUUAUGGGGGUUACAUUGGAAUCGCAA